AUGAAGGCAAAAUUAAUAUUUCUUGUUGGUCUUCUAACCGUAUUGUUUUUAUUUCAUUUCAAUACUGUUGAAUCAACAAUAUUCACAAAUAGUGAUGAACCAUGGGAUGAUACCAGUUCUGAAGAUUCAUAUGAAUUAGAUAAACGUCUUACAGCGGCUAAAUUUGCUAGUGGUCUUGGCAAACGUUUAACAUCAGCAAAAUUUGCUAGCGGACUUGGCAAACGUUUAGCAUCAGCAAAAUUUGCUAGUGGUCUUGGCAAACGUUUAGCAUCAGCUAAAUUUGCUUCUGGUUUGGGUAAACGACUUGCAUCAGCUAAAUUUGCAUCGGGAUUGGGCAAAUAA